AUGUCUGUCAAAAAACAAAGACUGAACAGCAACUUGAGAAGUACAUUCGAUCAACGUUCAGCAUCAAAGGCCAGAUUUGAAGUGGCCUGGUUGAUUGCCCAAAACAAGAAACCACAUACUAUUGGUGAGCAAUUGGUUAAACCAGCGGCUUUGAAAGUGGCAGAGAUUAUGUGUGGUCAGAAAGAAACUGUGAAACUAAAUUCACUGCCCUUGUCUGCAAAAGUUGUGAAAGAAAGAAUUUCUAUUUUAGCAGAAAAUGUGAGGGAACAAGUUAUUUCUUCAAUAAAAGAGAGUAAAUGCUUUGCUAUUCAGCUUGAUGAAACUACAGAUGUCAGUAGUAAUUCGAAGCUGAUGGUGUAUGUUUGCUACAAAGGUUUACAUGCAAUUGAAGAGUUGUUGUUGUUUUGUUCUCCCCUUCAGUUGCGAUCUCGUGGAAUUGAUGUCUUCAAUAAAAUUAAUGAAUACUUUAAUAACGCUAAUUUAAAGUGGGAAGACUGCAUUGCUUUGUCUGUUGAUGGAGCUCCAGCUAUGUUGGGUCAUGUUAAGUGGGUUUUCAGCUUUGGCGAGAGAGAAAAAUCCAAAAAUUGA